AUGUUAACAUUAAAAGAAACAUGUGCCCAGGAUUCACCAGAUGUAUGGUCUAUGGUUGAAUGUGGGCAAAUCGAUCCAGGUAUUGAUGCGGAUUUGGAUAUUAUGUUACCAAAUGGUUUUGUUAUUGCCAUACAGUUUAGUACGGACAAAACGCUUUUAUUGCUCAAAGAAGAAGUUUUCGAUCGUGCAAAAAGGUUGCCUCUAUUUAACUUACUUUUAUUCCCAUCAGAUUAUAUAUUUUUUACAAUUGGUUCAAGCGGUGAUUAUGAUGAAUUGUAUGAUGAAACGAGGACAAUAUUUUCAUUGCAAUUAUUCGUACCUCUUCUUUGUUUAAAGGAACGUGAAGGAAAUAACGAAGAAAAAGCUCUUUCUCAUGAUAUCGGUUUGGCGAUUGGUCAUCCUUUAUCGAAUAUUGAGUCAAAGUUAACAUAUGAUUAUGAGUGCUAUCGAAUGGAUCUUUACAAGGUAAUGGAAGAAGCAAUAAAAAAUAGAGGUGUUAAUGGCUACUCACAUUAUGCAUUUCCCGAAGAAGUCUCAAGUGAAUUUGAUUCUGAUAUUCCUUCUCAACUCAAAUCUAAAAUUCAAGUUGCUGAUUUGUUUAUCGAAAUAUGGUAUCGCAGUCGUGAAGAUGAAAUUAAUAAAGAUGAUUCAAAUUGCGUUUUUGUUAAGCUUAGAAAAAUUAUUGGAGCAAGGACAACAGAUAUCGUUGCAAAUGCUGUUCAGGAACUCCUUCGUCAGCAUAAAAUCGCAAUUGAUCAGCCUCCAUCUGAAUUUCUUUUGCAAAUUGUUGGUCAACAGUGUUUCGUUACUAAGGAUAUGAAAAUAACAUCAUUUGAGUUUCUUAGUUGUUCAUCAAAAAGUACAGAAGUUUGGUUUCAGUAUGUUCGUUCCUGCUUUGAGAACUAUCGUAUACCUAAAUUUUUGUUACGAAGAAAGGAUAUUGUUUUGAUUGAUUUUCCUGUUCCACCGCUUCCGUUAAAGCCAAGUUGGACCAAGGCUUACGAAGAACGCUUGAACAAGCCAUAUCAAAAUAUGAAACGUUUAUGUUUAUGGGAAUUGGAUGACAAUUUAAAAAUUCGUGUCUGCAGCGCAUCACACAUAACUAUAUCAGAUAUUGACCGAAUAUAUGUAAGAGCAACUAUUUACCAUGGGCAUAUCUUAAUUGUUAGCAAAGAAUCAGAGUAUGUUCGACCAUCAAAUCCGCGUUGGCCCAAUGGUUGGAUAGACUUCGAUUUUUAUCUGAAGGAUUUGCCUUAUUCUGUUCAAAUUUGUUUAUCAUUAAUUGCUGUUAAAGAAAAAAAGAAAGAAGAACAUAGCGGUAUAGGUUGGGUAAAUAUACGCUUGUUCAAUUGGAAUGAUGAAAUGUUGCAAGGAAAAAAGUUGUUUUAUCUGUGGCCUUUUCCAAAGCAUUGCACUGAUUUUACGAAUCCGCUUGGUCAAAUCGGAUCAAAUGAUAAUAAAGAUGCUGCUCGACUUGAAAUUGAAUUUUUUGAUUAUGAUUAUAUCGUGGAAUUUCCUUCAUCUGAUUUGAUUUAUAAAUAUAUUGAGAAAAUGAACAUCCGAAAUUCCACGAUUACUCCUUCACCACCAAUUCUCAAGGCUAGCAGUUCGGAAAUAACGCAACUUAUGGAUUUAGCUGUUUUAGAUGGGGAAAAACUAAGCAUUAAACAGCAACAAUUUAUUUGGUCAAUGCGAGAAUUUAUUUCUGUAAAUAUGCCGGAUCUUUUGCCGCUUCUUGCUGGCUGCAUGUAUAUCUGGAUUACGCGUGAUAGAUUCGCAAAAUUUUAUGAAUUAUUGGAUCGUUGGGCGCCAAUUCGGCCUGAAACUGCUAUUAUACUUCUCGAUUUUAAAUAUCCAGACCGGAAAAUUCGUGAAUUCGCAGUGAAGUGUUUGGAUGACAAUCUAGAUAAUGAUCGGUUGCAUUUGUACAUAAUGCCGUUGGUUCAGGCAUUGAAGCUAGAGCCUUAUGCAGUCUGUGCAUUAUCACGUAUGUUGCUUAAAAGAGCAUUAUGCAACUAUCGGAUUGGUCAUAUAUUCUUUUGGCUUCUUAGAUCUGAAAUUGCACAAAUAGGAGAAGUCGGCGAAGAAUUGCCUCGAAUGUAUAUCCGACUUUCAUUAUUAAUCGAAGCAUAUUGUCGUGGUAAUUUCAUUCAUAUGAACUCAUUAUUGCGACAAGUUGAUAUGGUAGCUAGACUCACAAGUCUGAGUAAACUAGUUAAAACAUUUAAAGACAGGGAUGCUGCAAUAAAGAGAUUACAAUUGGAACUUAGCAAUUUUAAGGAAGAAAUGCAAAAUAUAAGUUCGCCUCUUAAUCUUCGUGACAGUCUCGGGAUCCUUAACAUUGAGUCGUGUAAAGUAAUUGGAAGUGCCAAGCUACCACUACGUUUAUCGUGGUUAAAUGCGGAACCUCUGGCUCGAUUGGAUAAUUUAACACAUCAGAUAAUCUUCAAAAACGGUGAUGAUCUUCGGCAAGACAUGUUAACUCUGCAUGUUUUGAGGAUAAUGGAUGCUUUGUGGAAAAAUCAGGAUUAUGAUAUGUGUUUAAGUAUAUAUGAAGUAUUGCCCAUGGGUAGAAAUGUGGGAAUGAUAUAUGUUGUUCAGAAUUGCAAUACGCUUUUCGAGAUUCAGUGUGCGGCAAAACAACUCGGAUCAACAUUUAAUAUGGAGAGUUCAUUAAUUAAUAAAUGGAUUCGUAAUUAUUCAGAGGAUUCAAAAUUCUAUCUUGAAUGUGUUGAUAGAUUUACGGCAUCUUGUGCAGGUUAUUCUGUUGCUACGUAUGUUCUUGGUAUCAAAGAUCGACAUCAGGAUAAUAUUAUGCUUGCAAAAGAUGGAAGGUUAUUCCAUAUUGACUUUGGGCAUUUUCUGGGCCAUUAUAAAAAGAAAUUGGGUAUUAAUCGAGAUCGCGUCCCAUUUGUUCUAACCGAUCAUUUUCUUUUCGUUAUCGCGAAGGGAAAAAGCAAUUUUCGUGAAAAUCAUGAAUACAAAAAGUUUAAACAACUUUGCGUUGAAGCUUAUUUAGUUUUGCAUGAUCAUGCUAGACUUUUCAUAUCAUUAUUCACGAUGAUGUUUUGUAUGGGUCUACCUGAAUUGCAAAAGAUGGAGGAUAUAAAUUUUUUACGGACAACACUUUGCGUUGAAUUAGAUCGUGAAGAAGCAAUAGCGUCUUUCCUUAAGAUAUUCGACGAAGCUUUUAGUGGAGCUUGGUCAACUAAGACUAAUUGGUUUUUUCAUUCUGUUAAACAUCUUUGA